GAGUCACAUACGGAGUUUGAAAUACCCGGUGUGGCCAUUGGCAGGCAAUGCUUUGGGCAAGUGUCUCGCCAGGGCAUUCAUUGUGUGUUCUCUGAUAGGGUGACAUAUUUUUUACUCCACAAUGUGCGACAGACAAUCAGCCAUUAAAAAGGAACUCGUGAACUAUGUUCCAACCGAAGCAGACAGAACGGUUAUUCGGUCCGCCAUUUUCCAAUUUGUCACUAUCGCCACUUUGGGCGCUGCCUCACUUGGUAUGUCAGCUCGUCUCUGGGCUAAAUCGCGGCCGUUGCCGAAACGUCGAACGGGCAUUCCAACCAUUCUGGGCUUUUUUACCGGUUUGGCGUUAGGGGCAUUCCUUGGAGCCGAUCGCGGCAUGCAAAAGAUGCGUGAAGGGUUACCGCCUGAUUCACGGUUAUUGUCGAUUAUCCAUGAAGUGGAUGCGGCAAAAGAAUUUUACAGGACACAUCCACGCGAAAGCAGUCAAGCAGAGGAAGAUGACUUUGCAAGAACUCUCGCCAAAGAAGAACAAGCCGCUCGAGAACAGCUAGAAAAUAACGUGCAAUAAAAAAACUAUCAACUUUUU